AUGACGACAAGUGAAACGGAUGCGCCACCUCGUUCGGCUGGUGCUGAGGGGGUGGUCCUUACGCAAAAGACGGACCAUCACAUCUGCCAUUUCGUCGUGGGGAAGCAGUAA